AACAAACAAUUUGUACCGAUUUUAUUUUGAUUUCAUUGUGUAUAUGCUUUGGUUAUUUUGUGUUUCAUCAACAUGGGGUUAAAUGCUUUCAAUUUAUUUCUGAUUGGUCUGGCUGUGCUGUUGUCGUGUCAUUUGGUGGUGUCAUUUACAACACCCGAAAAACAAGAUUUUCUCAACGGUGAACCGUUCUACCAUACGGAAGAACAAUUGCUAGACUUUUGCGCGCAUUUGGCGAAAAAGUAUCCAACUUUGGCAAAAGUACAUUCGUUAGGUGCAUCGGUUGAAGGACGGGAUUUAACUGUUCUUGAAAUCAGCAGCAAUGCUGGACAUCGCGAUUUAUUGAAGCCUCAAUUUAAAUAUGUGGCCAACAUGCAUGGUGACGAAACGAUUGGUCGUCAAAUGCUCAUCUAUUUGGCACAAUAUUUGCUUGAUAAUUAUAAUAAUUUGCCGGAAAUUACGCAUUUAGUGGACAGCACCGAUAUAUUUUUGAUGCCAUCCAUGAAUCCAGAUGGUUUUAAUCGUUCAAAGGAAGGAUUAUGUGAAUCGCGUGACCGUUACAUUGGUCGUGGUAAUGCUGCGAAUGUGGAUUUAAAUCGUGAUUUUCCAGAUCGUUUUGAGUCUACAUUCUAUCAACGUCUCAAGCACUCUCAACCAGAAACCGUUGCUAUGAUGAAGUUUAUCAAUUCAAAUCCUUUUGUGUUGUCGGCCAAUCUGCAUGGAGGAGCUGUUGUAGCCAGUUAUCCAUACGACAAUACAAUAAAUCAUAAUGAAUGUUGUAAUGACAGUCCAACACCCGAUGACGCAAUGUUCCGUCAUUUAGCAUUGGUUUAUUCAAAAAAUCAUCCAACCAUGCGAACUGGACACAAUUGUGAUGAAGUAUUCCCGGAUGGUAUUACAAAUGGUGCUCACUGGUAUGAGCUCAGCGGCGGAAUGCAAGAUUUUAACUAUGUUCGUUCGAAUUGUUUUGAUCUCACGUUGGAGUUGUCAUGCUGCAAAUUCCCAAAUGCAUCUGAAUUGCCGAGCGAAUGGGCAAAGAAUAAACGAAGUCUUAUCGAAUACAUCAAACAGACACAUCAAGGCAUCAAAGGCAUCAUUACUGAUAAUAACGGAUAUCCAUUGGCUGAUAUGGAAGUGUUUGUUGAGAAAUUGCAAUCGAAGCCAGUGCGCACAACAAAUCGUGGCGAAUAUUGGCGUUUACUUUUGCCAGGAACAUAUAAUGUGCAAGUUAUUGGCUUUGGUUACGAACCAAGCGCAAUAAAACAAGUGGUCGUCGAUGGUAAUCAACCAACUAUUCUCAAUUUUAGCAUGACACCCGCACCAGCUAUCGAAGGACCACAUUUGCAUCCAAAAACAAUACGAUCAAAUCCAGCGGAUCCAAAUGGUUUUAUUUUACCGACCGAAUUCAAGCAUCACAAUUAUGAACAAAUGAAAAGUGUCUUGCAUGACUUGGCCAAUAAAUAUCCGAAUAUAACGCGGCUCUAUUCCAUCGGUAAAAGUGUUCAGCGUCGUGAAUUGUAUGUUCUUGAAAUAGGAAAAUAUCCGGGCGAACAUCGAUUCGGUAUUCCAGAAUUCAAAUAUGUUGCAAAUAUGCAUGGUAAUGAGGUCGUGGGUCGCGAACUAUUGCUAUUGUUGGCCAAAUAUUUGUGUGAAAAUUACAAAUUAGAUGAUCGUAUCACAAAGCUGAUUGAGUCGACGCGCAUUCAUUUACUGCCAAGCAUGAAUCCCGACGGAUACGAAUUGUCAACUGAAGGCGAUUUGAUAUCGGCAGUUGGACGUAAAAAUACAAACGAUGUCGAUUUAAAUCGAAAUUUUCCCGAUCAAUAUGGAACAAAUGAACUAAAUCGAAACCCACAACCGGAAACGGAAGCGGUCAUGAAUUGGACACGUUCCCUACCAUUUGUUCUAUCGGCGAAUUUACAUGGCGGUAGCUUGGUUGCCAACUAUCCAUAUGAUGAUGGCCCGAGAGAUUUUGGAAGAAGUGGUAAAUCAAGAACGGUACCGAAUUUCUCGCCAGACAAUAAGAUGUUCCAACAUUUGGCCAAAGUUUAUGCAAACGCCCAUAAAACAAUGAACAGCGGAGGUAAAGAGUGUCAAAUUAUGUAUAAUGAGAAAUUUGAUGAUGGUAUCACCAAUGGCGCUGCAUGGUAUAGCGUGACAGGUGGAAUGCAAGACUGGAAUUAUGUAUUUGCUGGCGUAUUUGAAAUUACACUGGAAGUUGGCUGCAGCAAGUUUCCGAUGGAAAGAAAUCUACCAAAAUACUGGGAUGAAAAUCGCGAAGCAUUGAUCAAAUAUAUCGAAGAAGUUCAUCGCGGUGUAUUUGGAUAUGUUCGAAGUUCGAUCGGAAAACCAAUUGAAAAUGCCGCAAUCACAAUUCAAAAUAACACUCAUGUCACUUAUACGUGGAAGACGGGAGAAUUUUGGAGAUUAUUGCUACCGGGACGAUACAAUAUAACAUUCGAAGCGGAAGGUUUUGAAUCUCACAUCGAAGAAAUUACUAUUACUGAACAGGAUAAAAUAUUGAGAUACGAUAUCAGUCUAAUGCAUGACGACCCUCAACAUUGGUCGUCUGCGUACGAUUAUCGAAUUCUUGACAAUGUCAUACAGACAAGAUAUCACACCGAUGAUCAAAUCAAGCAAACCUUUGCUGAAAUUGAGCGAAAGUUCAGGACAAUUGCCAACUUUGAAGCAAAUGAAAACGAGAUAUCGAUUGACUUUCCGUCUUUAACCGUAACAGCAGAUAUGGGUUCGCCGGGUGAAACAAAAUUGAACAUCUUAAUUUUGGGUUCAUUUUUCGAUACUUCACCACUUGGCCGUGAAAUGGUUGUGAAUUUGGCACGACACGUUGUUGCCGGUUAUUCGCUGCAAGAACCACCAUUAAUCCGUUUGUUAAAGAAUUCGGUGCUGCAUUUCAUGCCGUUUACUGAUGAUUUCCAAUUCAUUCUCGGUCAAUUCUCAAGCAAUCAAAGUGUAUGUGAUCCCAUUACAAAAGAAGAGUUUGCCGAUCGGCUGUUGAGCCCAGAGACUGACAAAAAGAAAUCAACCUUUUUAAAUAUGUUGGAUUUAAAUCAUUUUGAUUUAGCAUUAACAUUCUCUGCUGGUGGUUUUGAUAUUCAAAGUCCACUUACAGAUAAUUUCAAUUCGGUAUUUGCUAAAGCAGCUGCUAAAAUUGGCGAAUAUCGAUUAAGAGAGACACAUACCGAAUGCGCACUGAAUCCACUUCGGAUUCAUCAAACAAGCACAUUACAGAAAAUAACACAAUUUCUUAUGAACACCUAUAAACUGCCACUGUACUCGCUUCAAGUGAGCUGUUGUAAGAUGCCACCACAAAAUGCGAUUGCAUCUAUUUGGCGACAAACCAUUCACAAAGCGCUCAACUUUUUAAAAUUAACGGAGACCGGCGUUAAGGGAUCAAUUCGAAAUGCACAAAGUGUUCCAUUAAGAAAUUCCAUUGUCACAAUUACAGGCAACGAUCUCACCAAAUCAGUUACAAAGAAUAUGGCACAUUUUCGAUUCGUUUUACCAGCUGGCCAAUACGAAUUGAAAAUUAACACGUCGGAAACGGUUCAAACGAUCCCAUUCAAUGUGAUUAAUGGCCAAACCUAUGACUUUGGUUUCAUUGUUAUUGAUCAAGUGAAAAACGGACCAAAUAUUGGCAAAGCCGAACUGAAAGCAAUAAGUGGCGGAAAAUUGUCGGGACUUGUAUUGGACGAACGAAAUCAUCCAAUUAAAGGAGCAGUAGUUACUUUGUUUGAUAUGAAAAGUCAAAUAACCAAUACGACUGAUACUAUGGGCAAAUUCCAUUUCUCUGUCACCCAAUUUGGUACAGUUACACUUCAAGUGAAGGCAUAUGGCCAUGAAAGUGCCACAAGAAAAAUAUUGGGUCUAAAUGAACCGAUCGUAUUCCGUUUAGCUGUCGACGAAAAUGUAUGGGGAUUGCCACGCAUGGCUUUCAUUUUUGGGUUUGGCGGUGUUGGUCUUUUGAUAGUUGCAUGUACCGCUUUGUUGAUCGUAUGCUGUUCGCGGCGAAGGAAUAAGAACUAUAAUUACAAUUUCCACUUGUUGCCGCAAAAUGUAGGAGAAAAGGACAAGUUAUUUGCUGACGACGAUGAUGAUGAGACAGAACUAUUUCCGGGAUCAAUGAAAAAAAAUGCGAACAAUCUUUCAGCAUACUACGACGAUCCUCGCGAGCCCAUUAUAGAUACAGAUGAAUUGGAUAGCGAUGGUUCAGGGGAAAUAGUUUUGGUUGGCAAUCCAAACACACGUGAAUAUCAUGAUUAAAGGAGAAAAUGAAUUUUUUCGACCACUGACAUAUUCACUGCGAUAUAAACACCUCUUGGAAUAUUUCAAAGGUCAAACGUUCAAUUUAUUCUUUUUUCUUAAAGAAUUAAGCUCGAGCCCAUGUCAUCUGAUACAGGAGAAUAGCAAAGUUAGCUCACACCUAGCUUUGGUUUGUUUUUUAAUGAGGUUGUACUUAUUAGAAGUUGGCAUUUAUCAUACGAAAUCAUAGGCCCACAUUCUAGACAAUCAGAAAAUAUUCAUUUGAUUUUUGUUUUUAAACUAGAAAAUCAUCUCCAACACAUGCAUUGAUAACAAUUACUAGGAUAGCUAUAAAUAAAUAAUUUGAUAUCGAAAAAUUCAGAGCUUGUGGUAUAUCUCUGUUCGAAAAAUAGAAACGUUUUGAAACUUUAACAUAGAGAAGCGGCACCGUAAAAUUGUUUUAAAAAGAAAUGUCACUUGCCGCCGGUAUAACAUUGCCGCAAAUAUUUUACUAGAUCGUGACAUUUUAAUGAAUUUGAAUGGCCUUCCAAAAAUGUGACUAGCAUAGAUGAUGAACCAAAAUUUACCAUAAAACCAUAUUUUUUGUGAUUUGACAACAAGAAUUUAGUGGCUAAUCUAGAAAAUAUAUAUUUAGGUACAGAAAAUCCGAGAUAGAGUAAAAACUGAAAAAUUCACAAAUUAAGAAUGGCAUAGCCUUAUAUGAAUAGAGAAAGAAAAAAACAAAAUAAUGAUAUAGUGAUUGACAUUCACAUUUCAAUAGCUUCCUUCCUCAAUCCCAAUUCUAAAGAAAACUGAUUAACUAGAGUACAAACACAAAUACUUCUAAACACAAACACUUACCACAAUUUAAUAGAAAAACAACACAAAUAUUUUACGAUAGACCUCUACACACACAUACGAAGAACAAACAUAGAUUUUCGUUAAAUUUUUUUUCUCAUCGAAAUCUAUAUACAACAAUUAGAAUAUCUCAAACACUAGACAUACUGUUUUUUGUUUGUUCUUCGUGUUUGCAUUUAAUAAUUUAUUGAACACAUUUCAGACCGAACGAAAUCAGAAUGAGAAUUGGCGAAAAAAACCAAGAACACCAUUUGAAAAAAAAAAAACUCAAAUAACAUUUACAAUCCGAGUGAAGAUAAUUUAAA